AUGUCUCAACUUUCCAUCUGCUAUGCUUACAGGAUUCCUGUGGUGAAGUUCUAUGGUAUGGGAGAAGAUGGUCUUUACUCAAUACAUAUUGUUGAUGGAUGUGUCAACAAGACAUCUGCAUUCAUAGAAAGAAUGAUGCCAGGAUGCAAGUUCCACUCUGUCCCCUGGAUGAAGGAUGAAUCUAUCCAGUUGCUUGGAUGUGCAGGGGGACCUCUACAUAGCAGGCAGCGUGACACUGCUGAUGAAGGUAUGCUUGAUGAUUUUGUGGUAAACCCAAGGGGGACAAUUGGGGGACUUGCUAAUCUGCUUGGUCGAAAUGAAAGAUACAAUGAGAGGCAAGGUGAGAUGUAUGUUCUCACAGCCAACCAUGUGGUUGAACAACUCAUUCCCAAUGUUGAAUAUAUUUCUUGGUCCAAUGAAGAUCAAAGUGACAAACAUGUGAUUGGUAGAGAGGUUCCAUACAAAAUACCAUUAAGAAUGGACAGUGAUAGUGAUGAAGAGGACAUUGAUGACUGGAAGGAUGCUACUUGCCAAAAAGAAGAUGAGAAAAUGUUAGAGAAAUGCGUAUAUCAUACAGUAAUGAAUGAUAAAGAUGAGGAAGAACAACAAUAUGAUAUUGCAUGUAUCAAAGUGGAUGAUCAACAUGAUCCUGCUUGCAGCAAAAUAAAUAAUGAACAGUUUGGGAACAUAAAACAUCAAUACAACGAUUGUAAUGGUUGUUGUAAUAAAGAAAGAUGGGUUUACACAGACCCCAGAGCUGGCUCAAAUGUAGUGAAGCUAGGACUGUCACUCAAUCAAGCAAAAGGCAAAAUUUUGCAAGUAGAUGCAGCAGGUGAAAUCAAAGUUGGCAAUAAAACUGCAUGGGUAGAGAACAUGGUAGCUAUCAGUUCAGAAACGCCAGAUUCUGACACUGCAUACACACAGCCAGGAGAUAGUGGAACCAUAGUAUGUGAUACAAGAACAGAAAAUUGGGGACAUUAUCUAUACUGUUUCAUGAUAUUUGCAGGAUGGGAUAAAGCAAAUAUAUACAAUGCAUGGAACAAACCAGUGUCUCUAGCAUUCUCGUUACCGGAUGCCCUAGAGAAAUUAGUUGAACAAGUCCCUGGAAAUGAUGACGAAUCAAAGAAGAAAUUUAAGUUGUCUUGCUGUAUGAGAGUAUUUGAACAAAUACAAGAGGAAGAAGAAGAAAAGCGUCAAAAGGAAAUAGCAGAGUGUCCAAAAGAGGGAGCAGAGUGUUUAAGUGGAGAAGUAGAAUGUUCAAAUCAAGAAGCAGAAUGUUCAAAUCAAGAAGUAGAAAGUUCUAAAGAAAAAGGAGAAUGUUCGAAAGAAGCAAACUGUUCAAAGCAAAAACCAGAAUGUUUGAAAGAAGAAGCAACAUGUUCAAAGGAAAAAGCAGAAUGUUCCAAAGAAGAAACAGAAUGUUCAAAUGAAGAAAAAGAAUGCCUAAAUGAAAAAGAAGAAUGUUCAAAAGAAGAAGCAACAUGUUCAAAGGAAGAAGCAACAUGUUCAAAGGAAGAAGCAACAUGUUCCAAAGAAGAAACAGAAUGCCUAAAUGAAAAAGAAGAAUGUUCAAAAGAAGAAGCAACAUAUUCAAAGGAAGAAGCAGAAUGUUCCAAAGAAGAAACAGAAUGCCUAAAUGAAAAAGAAGAAUGUUCAAAAGAAGAAGCAACAUGUUCAAAGCAAGAAGCAAAAUGUUCAAAAGAAGAAGAAUGUCCAAAGGAAACAGUAAAUCCAAAAGAAGAAUGA